AUGGGAGUUGACAUCCACCACAGCAAAGACCGAAAGGUUCGGUGCAAGGAGCCCAAGAGUCAGGACAUAUACCUAAGGCUGUUGGUCAAGCUAUACAGGUUUAUGGCCAGACGAACCAACUCCACCUUCAACCAAGAGGUGCUGAAGAGGUUGUUCAUGAGUCGCACCGACCCGCCACCUCUGUCCUUUUCUUGGAUGAUCCGGAAGAUAAAGCUUCCUGAUCGCGAGGGCAAAACUGCUGUGGUUGUAGGGACUGUAACUGAGGACGUGCGUGUCCAGGAGCUGCCCAAACGGAAGGUGUGCGCACUUCGCAUGAGCAGCCGCGACCGAAGCCACAUCCUCAAGGCCGGGGGCAAGAGCCUCACCUUCAACCAUCUGGCCCCGGACUUCCCCCAGGGCUGCGGCACUGUCUUGCUUUCUGGUCCUGGCAAGGGCCGUGAGGUGUACAGGCAUUUCGGCAAGGCCCCAGGAACUCCUCACAGCCACGCCAAGCACUAUGUGCGAUCCAAGGGCAGGAAGUUCGGGCGCGCAAGAGGCCGGCGGGCCAGCUGCGGCUACAAAAACUAA